AAUUGCUAGAACAAUGUUUAAAUUUCUAUAAUGAUCACCAUAUUAAUAAACUAGAUCUUAAGGCAAAUAUAUAUUCUGCACUUGUUAACGCUUAUAGUACUAAGAUGCCUUCAAAAUCAUUGGAAACAUAUAAACAAUUAGAAUCAUUGCAAUGUCAACUAUAUCAAGAAGGGACCCAAGAAUAUGCACGUAAUAUCGGGUUGGGCUCUUUAAACCUAGGAAUUGCACUUUCAAAGAGUUCGUUAGCAUUCUUAGCAAAUUUUGAUAUUGCAGACAAAAUGCUUGAAGAAAAAAUUAGUAGCGCUCGUGAAAUUAAUAUAAAAGCACGCGAUGCUGUUAAUAAAACUAUUCACUUAUUUGCCAAAUUUUAUCCAAAAGAAGAUUACUUAUAUUCACAGGCAUGCAAUGCUUUAACUAACAUUGAAUUCAUUAAAAAUGAAUUAGCAAUGCUUCCAAAGUUACUUGAAAGUAAUAAGUUUCUUAACGACGGAAAUCUUGAUAAAGCAAAAUCUAUUUAUUGCGAAGUUUUUGAUUUAUCUCUUAAUCAGGAGUUAAAGAGCGGGGCAUUAUCUUCAAUGAUAACUAUUGACUUCAUCAAAAUAAAAAAGAAUGGAAUUAUAUCUCAUCAAAUACGAAAUAAUUUGUUUGAACAGUAUAAAAAGGUUACAGAAAUUUAUGAUUCAUCUGAUGUGCAGAUAACACUUGCCAUGAUUUGCUUUAUCGAAGAUUAUCAUGAAAAAGCGAUCAUAUAUGCUGAAAAUUCUAUACAGAGAUUACCGGUAAGCUCAAACGCUAAGGUAUUAUUUAAAAAAGUGGAAAGUCCUAUUCUACCUACAGUGCUUCAAAUGGCGCUAAUGGAUAAAGAUGAAAUAAAAAAUAUUCCUAUUGAGUUCCUGGCAAGAUACAUCAUAAUUAAUAGUAUGAAUUCCUUGGGACAUAUUCAUAGUGAAAUGCAAGCUUUAAAAGAAUUUGCCUUGUUAUUAUCACCAAAUGACGCGGCCAUCUGUUAUCUUCUACUCGGAUUUUGUUAUCUGAGACAGGGAGAUUGGAUAUCAGCAUUACAAGCCUUUGAUUUUGUUAACCAAAAGGAACCAGAUUUUAAA